GUAUCUUCUAUUAUGUGUUUAUACCUGCAGUACGUCCUCCUUCCUGACUACUAUAAAUUUAUCCUGGUGACUCUUCUCAUCCUGAUGUCCGUCAUUGAGGUCAUUCGAUUAUUCCUCGGAUACAGUGGAAACCUGCAGGAAAAGGUCCCUGAACUGGCGGGAUUUUGGCUGCUCAGCAUCUUGUUACAGUUACCGCUUCUGCUCUUCCUUCUCUGCGAUCCGGGCGCGGAGCCGCUGCCGCUUGAACGAGCGUCUCACGGGAUACUGACGGCAUUCCUGCUCUUCCAGAUUCCCGUGUCCACGCUUACUCUACGGAAGACGACCAGGCGCCUCGCUGGGAGGUUCCGUCAACUCGGAAACUUGGGAGAACCGGCGUAAAAUGGUCCCAAUCGCCGUGGAAGCCGCAGUCGUGCUGGGCUAACAGCGGGGACCUGGGGCACAUACCACCCCUCCGGUAAUUGGUCGGUGCGGCGUCCCACGUGUUACUCCUAGCCGGGCGCAGUGUACGCUGCUCCCUGUCGGAAUAUCGCGGAGCUUUUAAUUGACACCAGAAAUGACCUCUUGUUAGGUAAUGGUGACCGCGUGUUACAAUGCUUUUUUAAUACACAGAUUUUCUUAAUAAUUUUAUUCUUGUCACAUUAUCUGUCAGUACCCGAGCGGUCUGAUUUUGCCCGUAAUCCGAUUGUUUGCGGGAUAACGGGCGACACAAUUUUUCUUGUUCACAAAGAAAUGAUUUAUUUUUAUACAGAUGUGAGAUAAUGUAUUAAAGGGAAUAUUCUGUCUUAUUUUAUUUUUUAGCCUAGGAUAGAUUUUUGGGAAAUUGUAUUUGGAGACGUUUGGUAUUAGAAUGCUUGCAGUGUUCCCUGUGACCACUAGAUGGCAGCACAAUCUGUCUUUACUCUUAGUGCCGUGAUACGAUAUAUGGGACGUAGAGUGCUGCCAUAUAGUGCUGUAACGGCACCAUGGCUUCUGAUUGUGAUACCUCACCGCCUCAUACCUGCUGUGGAGGACGUGCAUUAAAGGGGUACUACCAUGGAAAACUUUAUUUUUUUAAUCAACUGGUGCCA